UACUGGGUUUUGUGGUAUUUGUGAAAUCAUUUCUAAAUAUUUUGGAUAUAUUUUUAUGCGCGCUGUUUUCUUUCUGAAAAGUUGUAUAACAUGCAAGAUGGAGACAUUAAUAUGGUUACUAUUAAUGGUUAUGAUACUUCAAACUGACCACUUGGUCAAUGGCCAAGAACCAGAACGAUGUGGGUAUAUGAUACAUAUACCGCGUCUGCCGAGACCAGACCUGCCAGAAUUAGAUUUUGAGGGUAUACCAUGGAGUGAACGUCCCUUGGUCCCUGCUCCUGACAGAGAAGAUGUAUGUAUGGACGCAUAUUACCCCAGAACGGCUAUAUCUGGUACACAAAUUAUUUAUAUGGAAGAAGAGAUAGUUGGCGAUGUAGCUAUUGCCACUUUGAAUUAUAAAGGUACUGCAACACCGAGAAUUCUUCAGCCUCUGCUAUCAGGGUCGUUCGCAAUGUUAGGGCCUGUUGUACGAAAUGUUGAUGGUAACUGGAAACUAAUUAUAACUCAAAGACAGGACUACGAGACAGAGGUGAUGCGCAGCUACAUGCUGGAGGUGGAGGUGCCGGGCGAGGCUCUGGUGGUCACUGUCACCUUACAGAUAGUCAAUAUCGAUGAUAAUGCGCCAAUCAUACAUAUAUUGGACCCGUGUGUUGUGCCUGAACUAAACGACCCAGGUCUCACAAGCUGUGUAUACGAGGUCUCUGACGAAGAUGGUCAGAUCAGCACCAGCGCGAUGACCUUCGAGAUCAGUAGUGAUAGGAAUGACGAUAAAAUAUUCUACAUGGUCGGGGGAAAUAUAUCACCAGACUGGAAACGGAUGACCAUGACCGUAGGGGUCAAUGCGACCCUCAAUUUUGAGAUGAACGCUUUGCAUAUAUUUAGGGUUACUGCGCUGGAUUCUCUCCCAAACACCCACACAGUAACCCUCAUGGUACAAGUAGACAAUGUAGAACACCGUCCUCCACGAUGGAUUGAGAUCUUCGCAGUGCAACAGUUUGACGAGAAGACCGCGAAGAACUUCAGCAUCCUGGCCAUAGAUGGGGAUACUGGGAUCAUGAGACCGAUAUACUAUAAGAUUGAGACUCAGCCGGAAGACGCAGAAUACUUUGACAUCGAAACAAUAGGCGAUGGGGACAGUGGAGGCAUCCUCAUAGUAAAACCUAUCAAUCGAGAUUUGCUACAACGGGAACUGUUCCCAAUAUCAAUCACAGCAUACAAAAGCAAUAACGAAUCACUUUACACUACCAAUAAUGUAGUUAUUAUCAUUGAUGAUGUUAAUGAUAAUAAACCUGAACCGAUACAUGAAGAAUACACUAUUGAUAUUUUGGAAGAAACGGCACUGACACUAAAUUUCGAUAAGGAAUUUGGUUUCCAUGAUAUAGAUCUGGGAGAAAACGCUCAAUACACAGUGCGUCUAGAAAGUGACUACCCGCCUGGAGCGGCUAGUGCUUUCUUUAUAGCUCCAGAGGUUGGUUACCAGAGACAAACCUUCAUCAUGGGCACACAGAACCAUAGCAUGCUGGACUUUGAAGUACCGGAAUUCCAGAAGAUACGGUUAAAGGUAAUAGCAACAGACAUGAACAGACCAGACUUCGUAGGAGUAGCAAUAGUGAAUAUAAAUCUUAUAAACUGGAAUGAUGAAUCUCCCAUCUUCGAACAAUCGAGCCUUGAGGUGUCGUUCGAUGAGACGGAGGGAGAGGGUUAUUUUGUGGGCAAUUUGAGGGCGAAUGAUCGGGAUAUUGAUGAUACUGUUGUCCAUUCUCUUUUGGGAAACGCACAAAAUUACCUCCGCAUAGAUCAGGAUACCGGCGAUAUUUUUGUGUCUAUGGACGAAGCUUUUGAUUAUCAUCGACAAAAUGAAAUAUUUGUUCAGGUCCACGCUAUAGACACAUUGGGUGAGCCCUACAACACAGACACUUCGCAGCUCAUCAUUAAACUAAACGAUAUUAACAACACGCCACCUAGCCUCACUUUGCCUCGUAGAAGUCCAGAGGUACAAGAGAACGUGCCACAAGGUUACGUGAUCACAGAUAACAUACUAGCCACAGACCCGGACACAACCGCAGACUUGAAGUUUGAGAUAGUGUGGGAUACUUCGUAUGCCACUAAGCAAGGGAGGGAUGCGGAUCCGAGGGAGUAUCAUAAUUGCGUUGAAAUAGAAACUCUAUACCCUUACAACCACACGAGAUCUGCCAUUGGAAGAGUAGUCGUUAAAGAAAUUAGAGACAAUGUGACCAUAGAUUAUGAAAUGUUUGAGAUGCUGUACCUCACUGUGAGGGUGGUGGAUAGGAACACAGAAAUUGGCCAUGAUUAUGAUGAGUUAACAUUUACGGUAAUAAUAAUAGAUAUGAACGACAAUCCGCCAAUAUGGGCAGAAAAUACUUUAACCCAAGCGUUCACAGUGAGAGAGAAUUCUAGAAGCAACGUGGUGAUUGGCUCCGUUCUAGCCACGGAUAUAGAUGGCCCGUUGUACAACCAAGUACGGUAUUUUAUACGCACUCGAGAAGACACACCAGAAAACCUAGUCAAGAUUAACUUAAUGACGGGCCAAAUAACGGUCGACAAAGAUAGUGCAAUCGACGCAGAUACGCCACCGCGGUUUAACCUGCUGUAUACAGUAGUGGCUACUGACCGCUGCCUCACUGAGGAAUGCCCUCCAGACCCGAAUUACCAUGAAACGGAAGGAGAUAUAACAAUAGCGAUACAGGACACAAACAACAAAGUGCCAUAUCCAAACACUCAGGAGUUUCCUGAAGUGGUGUAUAUUUACGAGAACGCUACUAGUGGUGAUGAAGUGGUCAAACUAAUGUCCAAAGAUUAUGAUAGAGAUGAAAUGUACCAUACAGUACGGUACCAGAUCAACUACGCAGUGAACCCUCGGUUACGAGAUUUCUUCUCAGUAGAACUGGAUACUGGGCUGGUGCUGGUGGACUAUACUGGGGAUGAAGUACUGGAUAGAGAUGGGGAUGAACCUACGCAUAGGAUAUUCUUUAACCUGAUUGAUAACUUCUAUUCGGAGGGAGAUGGCAACAGAAACCAGAACACGACCGAAGUGUUGGUCGUGCUUCUGGACGUAAAUGACAAUGCUCCAGAACUGCCCGACCCGAGCGAACUGUCUUGGACCAUUAGUGAAGGCCUGCAAAAGGGUGAAAGACUUUCUCCCUUCAUCCACGCGCCAGACCGUGACGAGCCCAACACUAACAACUCUCUCGUGGGCUACGAGAUUCUCAACCUCACCACCACCAGGGAUGUACAGCACCCGAUGCUCUUCAGCAUCAUCACGAUCAGAAAUCAGGAGCUGGAAGACAAUGUGGGGGAGCUGGAGACAGCUGUAGAUCUCAAGGGAUAUUGGGGGACCUAUGAGAUUGGGAUAAGGGCGUACGACCAUGGCAUCCCGCAACAAUGUUCCGAAGAAAUAUACUCAAUAGUAGUAGAACCAUACAAUUUCCACGAUCCAGUCUUCGUGUUCCCGAUAGAAGAAACUGUACUGCGAUUUGCUACGGAAAGAGCCGAGUUAAAUAGUCUUCUGGUGAAGGUGAACGGACAAUUCCUGGAUCGUAUCACAGCAACAGAUGAAGAUGGUCUGGAAGCUGGAAUUGUUACAUUCGAAGUUAUUGGAGAUGAUGACGCCGUGGAACAUCUAUACAUAUUGAAUGACAGAGAAAAUCAAGGGAUACUGAUGCUGAAAAAGUCUUUCAGUGAGAAUACCAAACAAUUCCUAGUAACAAUCCGCGGUACAGACGGUGGCAAAACGCCCGGUCCGCGUCACACGGACAUCACCGUACGCGUCGUGUUCGUGCCCACUCAGGUCGACCCUGUAUUCCCGGUUGAUACAACCACUGUGGCUUUUGUUGAAAGAGAAGUAGGCCUCAGUGAAAAGCUCGUCCUGGCAGAAGAUCCGAAGGAUUUCUGGUGUAACGACGACUGUCAUGACAUUUUCUAUAGAAUACUUGACGGCAACGAUGAGGGCCACUUCGAACUGGACAGCGUGCUGAACACACUGCGAGUGGUCCGCGAGCUGAACCGCGCUGUAUCUCAGCAGCACACGCUGCGAAUCGCAGCCAGCAACUCAGCCACUGCGAACAUCCCGCUGCAAUCCUCUAUACUCACUGUGAUCGUCAAUGUUCGAGAGGCAAACCCUCAACCAUACUUCGACAGGAAACUGUACACUGGAGGCAUUUCGACAAUGGACUCCAUCAACAGGGUGUUACUCACUGUUUCGGCGCAGCACUCAGAGAACGCGCCAAUCACAUACUCCAUAGACUGGGACUCCAUGGUAGCAGACCCGAGUCUUGCAGCUGUGCAGCAGUCAGCAUUCAAUCUGCAGUCAGGCUCCGGCGUGCUGACGCUGAACAUGCAGCCCACCGCCAGCAUGCAUGGAACAUUCCAGUUUGAUGUACGGGCUACGGACCCGGCGGGUGCGUACGACACCGCGGAGGUGAAGAUCUACCUGAUAUCAUCACAGAACCGCGUGUUCUUCAUCUUCUUAAAUACGCUUGAACAGAUUGAAGGCAAAGUAGACUUUAUAGCGAGCACAUUCAGCGUGGGCUUCCAAAUGACGUGCCACAUCGACCAAGUGUUGCCAGCCACUGACGAGGACAACAUAGCGCGCCCCGACCGCACUGAGGUGCGCGCGCACUUCCUGCGGGACCAGGAGCCCGUCAGCACGGACGUUAUCGACACGCUGCGAAGUGACAGCCAAUUGCUGACCAGCAUCCAGCGCACGCUGAGCACGGAACUGCUGGUGCUGCAGGACCUGGUGACGGGGGACAGUCCCGCGAUCAGUGCUGACUCCAGCGCGCUGAUGGUGCUGGUGCUGGGCGCGUUGGCAGCAGCUCUGGCACUGCUGUGCUUGCUGCUGCUGGCCGGCUUCGUCUAUAGGACCAGGAAGUUAAACCGCCAACUGCUCGCGCUGUCCAUGACGAAGUACGGCUCAGCUGACUCCGGGCUGAACAGGCUGGGGCUGGCGGCGCCCGGCACCAACAAGCACGCGGAAGCCGGCUCUAACCCCGUGUGGAACGAGGCGCUGAAAGCACCCGACUUUGAUGCACUCAGCGAGGAUUCGGACGACUCGGACCUGAUCGGCAUCGAGGAUCUGCCGCAGUUCAGCGCUGACUUCUUGCCACCCGAAGCGGCGAACUCACAGCAGUUUGGAAAACACCAGCCGGGAGACGACAUUAUCGCGACACACAAAAACAACUUCGGUUUGAACUCGCCUCCCUUCAGCCAACAAUUCCCAGACAACUCGUUUAGACGAUAAGAAAAAAUAUACAAUAAAAAUAUACAAAUACAACUAACAAGUAAUAUAUUAAAUAUUGACCACUAAACAUGCCAAAAAAGUAGAUACCUACCUAGUACAAAAA